AUGAUAACAUUUAAGACGUCGGGAUUAAUAUCGCUCAUAUAUGUGAAAACUCAGACUCCAAUUUUCCCAGUUAGUUGCUAUCUCAAUGCUUUGAUCAUAUUGGAUCGCUCAGAUUCUGUAAAGGGUGGAUUUGAUAGAAGCAUAAAUUUUGUCGUAAAUAUUUCUGAUGAACUUAAUAUUGGACCCGAUGCUCAUCGAGUAGCCAUGAUUGUAUAUUCCGGACUCACUUAUCGUCGUCAAGUUUUCGAUUGGAAUUUUGCUAAAAACAAUAGAGAGUUCAAAAAAAUCGUGCUUGGUUUACGAGCCAUUGGUGGUACAACAAAUACAAAGAAAGCAUUAGAAAUAGGACUUGAAUUGAUGCAAUCACGCAACAAAUCAAUUCCAUCACUGAUUAUGGUUGUUACGGAUGGCCGUAGUGCAGAUGAUCCAAAAGUUCCAGCUGAAGCAUUACGACGGAUUCCAAAUACAUGGGUUUUUGCUGCUGCGACUGGAAAUCCUGAAGCCGUUAAUAAAAAUGAAUUACUUGCUAUAACUGGAGAUGUAGAUCGAGUAAUUUUACAAAGCGGUCGUGAAUUAGCAGCUGAUAUUACACGUAAAUUACUGCGUAAAGCACAGGAGCAAUGCUUUACCACAACAACUACAACAACCACAACGACAACUACCACAACACUGACAACAACCACAACAAAUCCUAUUUCAGGUUGUGAACAAGAUGUGGUACUUGUGAUGGAUUUGUCAUCAACAACUAAACCAAUUUAUCGUAACUAUUUAAUGAUGGCAGAGGAACUUGUUAAUAAACUUCUUGUCGGUCAACGAUUUAGUCGAGUAGCACUGAUAACAUUCAGCUCAGUUGGUAAAACAAGAACACAGUUCAACUUAAACAGAUAUUUCGAUGCAAAUCAAAUUAUAAAUGUGAUUAGAAAAUUAGAAUCAUCCGGUGGUACUACAGCUGUUGGUGAGGGGAUCAGACUAGGAUUGAAGCAACAAGAUAAACGCCAUGGUGGCCGACCAAUAAAUAUUGCAAAAAAAGUAAUGUUAAUAUUUACGGAUGGAUGGAAUAAUAAAGGACCGAAUGUGGAGGAAAUGAAGCAGAAUGCUAAGGGAGCCGGAUUUGUUCUUUAUACAAUUGUUUAUGAGGGUGAUGGGAGAAUUGAUGAAAAUAAUCCAGGACUCAAUCUUUAUACCAUUGAAACCGUAGCAGAUAAUCUAAAACAUGUUUAUAGUGAGCAUAAUUUCACACAACUUGUUAAGGAACUUCGCCGACGCAAUUUGCCAUGUAUGUAG